CAGAUAACCUGUUUUGUUAUGGAUGAUCUCUGAUGAUAAUCUGCAAAGGAUCGUGUUUUUUUUAGUAUCAAGUUAAUUUUCCUCAACAUACUCUAGAUUCUCCCUCAGAAGAACCUUCCUUCCUUUGUCAGUUUUGAUUAGCAUCAGGAUUUUGGGAAAUGCAUGUUGUUUAAUGGUACUACAUGGAACAUUACCAAUAGCAACUCUCAAGUGUAUGAAACAACAGUGAAUUAUUGUACACAUAUUUAACAAAUUUAAACAACAAGUAAAAUUUAUUUUGAAUAUUAGAUUCAUACAUCAGCAGUGAAAUCUGGUUGUAGUCCUUCAAGAUAUUGUACUUAAUUCUUAACAGAUUUAUUUAGUAAUUAUUUGUAAACAAUUUUGUGUUAAGAGUUGUAAAUUGAACACAUUGUCAUUACAGAACAGGACAGGACAUAAGGCUAAAAUGAAUCCUGAACAUUCUUUAGAAUUUCCUUUGAAAAGUGAAACUGAAGGUACAUUAUCACUACCUUCCAUAAAUCAAGAAAACAGCAACUUGGCUGCCUUUAGUGGAACCAAUGAUGGAGACUUUUUGUCUCUGGAUUCAUUGAUGGACAUCAAAAUAGAGCCAGAGGAAUUCUGUGAGUCUAAAGAAGAUGAUGAAUAUUCAUAUGAAAUGAAUUCAAUAGUGAAUGAAAAACAUCCACAAACUUGCAAAAAGGAAGUAAAACAAGAAAGAAGGAUCUGUGACAAUGGAGAGAAGCCUUUCAUAUCCACUGACUGUGAGAAAACAUUUUACAAGAAAAUUAAUCUUACAAAUGAUAUCACAAAUCUUACCAGAGAGAAAUUCAUAUGCAAUGACUGUGGGAAAGCAUUUUCCCAUAAAUCAAAUCUUACAAGACAUAUGAGACUCCAUACCGGAGAGAAGCCAUUCAACUGCAAGGAAUGUGGGAAAGCAUUUUCCCAGAAACCAAAUCUUACAGGUCAUAUGAGAAUCCAUACGGGAGAGAAACCAUUCAUGUGCAAGGAAUGUGGGAAAACAUUUUCCCACAAACAACAUCUUACAAGUCAUAUGAGAAUCCACACUGGAGAGAAACCAUUCAUGUGCAAGGAAUGUGGGAAAACAUUUCCCAGGAAAGAUUAUCUUAAAAUUCAUAUGAGAAUCCACACUGGAGAGAAGCCAUUCAUGUGCAAGGAAUGUGAUAAAUCAUUUUCCCAGAAAUCAAUUUUUACAAGUCAUAUGAUAUUGCAUACUGGAGGGAAGCCAUAUCUGUGCGAGGAAUGUGGGAAACCAUUUUCCUUGAAAUGUAAUCUUAUAGUUCAUAUGAGAAUCCAUACUGGAGAGAAGACAUUCAUGUGCAAGGAAUGUGGGAAAGCAUUUUCCCAGAAACCAAAUCUUGCACGUCAUAUGAGAUUGCAUACUGGAGAGAAGCCAUUCAUGUGCAAGGAAUGUGAUAAAUCAUUUUCCCAGAAAUCAAGUCUUACAAGUCAUAUGAUAUUGCAUACUGGAGAGAAGCCAUUCAUGUGCAAGGAAUGUGGGAAAGCAUUUUCCCACAAAUCAAGUCUUACAAGUCAUAUGAGAAUCCAUACGGGAGAGAAACCAUUCAUGUGCAAGGAAUGUGUGAAAACAUUUUCCCACAAACAACAUCUUACAAGUCAUAUGAGAAUCCACAAUGGAGAGAAGCCAUUCAUGUGCAAGGAAUGUGGGAAAACAUUUCCCAGGAAAGAUUAUCUUAAAAUUCAUAUGAGAAUCCACACUGGAGAGAAGCCAUUCAUGUGCAAGGAAUGUGAUAAAUCAUUUUCCCAGAAAUCAAUUUUUACAAGUCAUAUGAUAUUGCAUACUGGAGAGAAGCCAUAUCUGUGCGAGGAAUGUGGGAAACCAUUUUCCUUGAAAUGUAAUCUUAUAGUUCAUAUGAGAAUCCAUACUGGAGAGAAGACAUUCAUGUGCAAGGAAUGUGGGAAAGCAUUUUCCCAGAAACCAAGUCUUGCACGUCAUAUGAGAUUGCAUACUGGAGAGAAGCCAUUCAUGUGCAAGGAAUGUGAUAAAUCAUUUUCCCAGAAAUCAAGUCUUACAAGUCAUAUGAUAUUGCAUACUGGAGAGAAGCCAUUCAUGUGCAAGGAAUGUGGGAAAGCAUUUUCCUGCAAAUCAAGUCUUACAAGUCAUAUGAGAAUCCAUACUGGAGAGAAACCAUUCAUGUGCAAGGAAUGUGGGAAAGCAUUUUCUCACAAACCAUAUCUUACAAGUCAUAUGAGAAUCCACAUUGGAGAGAAGCCAUUCAUGUGCAAGGAAUGUGGGAAAGCAUUUUCUCACAAACCAUAUCUUACAAGUCAUAUGAGAAUCCACACUGGAGAGAAGCCAUUCAUGUGCAAGGAAUGUGGGAAAGCAUUUUCUCACAAACCAUAUCUUACAAGUCAUAUGAGAAUCCACACUGGAGAGAAGCCAUUCAUGUGCAAGGAAUGUGGGAAAGCAUUUUCUCACAAAUCAAGUCUUACAAGUCAUAUGAGGUUACAUACUGGAGGAAAAAGAAACAGCAUGAUAAAAUAAACCAGUUAAGGGCAUAAAUCUCUCAAAUGACCAACUAUAUGAAAGAUCAAAAUCACUCAAAAAAUCUGCUCAAGAAAAUAAGGAAGAUAAAGAAAAAUACAGAAUAGGGGAUGAACAAGUGAGUGGAAAAUUGGCACUAGUAAAGGCCCUAGUUUCACAAAUAAGAAACAAACAACAGAAGAUAAAAGUAACAGAUAAAUAGGCAAUUUGGUGAAAAUCCAAAGAUUGUGUAUAGGAAGAUGACAAAAGAAAUAGUUGAGGUACGAACACCACCAAGCAAGGAAGACCUAGAGAUUUUGGAAGCCACUGUUUGAAGACCCUAGACAACACCAAGAGAAUUCAUGGAUUGACACCAUUAGGCAGAACAGCCAGAAACAGCAAAUGCCACCAAUAAGCUUCAUCAUAGAAAAAGUAACAAAACUAAAAGAAUAUAGUCAUUUCAAGACCCCAGUAAUAGGCAAGAUCUCAAAUUUCUGGCUAAAAAAGAUCACAGCACUACACCACACUUAUAUGCAAGCCUUUUCAAGAAUAGUAAAAGGAGAAGAAUCAUCAGAGUGGUUCACAACAGGAAGCACCAACCUUCUCCCUAAAAGCUCCGAGACUGAGCUCCCUAACAAAUAUAAACAAUGUUUAGUUGUACUGACAGAUUUGUUAAUGUUUUGCACCCCAAAAUAAGUUGCACUUGAUGUUGAGAUAAUUAUUGUGAACUUGUCUGCAAAAUCUAUAGAAAAAAGGCAACAGCAGCCUAAGGGAUGAUAAAAAGAAAAACCAUAUUUAUAUUUUUAUGAUCUAGCUCAUGACCAUCAUCAUUGCUGUUACUCAAAGAAGAGAAGGAGAAUCUGAAGGAGGGUCUCACUUAAAAUGCAGAUGAAAGCUCUUCAUUUGCAGUCUUUAUUGGAAGUCAGGGCAGAGCCAGAGUGAAUUUGAUGCAAAAUGGUUGUGUAACCUUUAUGCAAAGGUAAAAUAAAUGACUUUUUUUCUUACAAUUGUUCUCAAUGAACACUGUACAGUGCUAGGUUAAGAAACUUUCCUUUGUCUUUUCCACUUUUUUUGUUCCUGAGUAUUUUUUGAAUGAUUU